CAAAACCAACCUUUUUUUUUCUUCUUUCCCUCUCUUUUUGGCAGAUGGUUCUGUGGACUUGAUCAUGGCAUCAUCCUGUGCCUCUCUCUCUCGGCAAUAUUUUGGAUUGCUGCUAAAUUUGGUGAAAGGCACAAUUUAGGCUUAUAAGACAUCCAUGAAUGGGCUUUCCCAUGCAUGAACGAGAGAUCAAAUCAAUCCAUAGUCCAGGCGAUCAUAGCAACUCAUCAUGGUGUUGUCAUCAUCGUCAUCGGAAGCAACAUCGGUACAGCUUCCUGAACACAUGGUGGAAGCUGUGCUGGUGAAACUGCCGGUUCGAACUUUGCUCCGUCUCAAGCUCCUGUCCAGGAGCUUGAAGGCUCUCAUCGAAAACCCUAGAUUCGUAACCGCUCAUAUAAACUCAUCGUCGCAUGUUCACUGCCGUAUCGCCCUCCUCACUGGAAACUAUAGCACAGAUGACACAAUACUCAUUGGCAAGAUGCUGACAUUGAGCAGGCAACACGAUGUUCAAGAUUGGAUUCGUCGCAAGGAAGAACAACUUCCGACAUUUGCAUCCGAUGAAGAUGAUGAUGAAGGCGACAUGUUCCAUUACGUAGAACUCUUGGGCUCUCACAACGGUUUGAUCUGCCUUCGUCUUCAUUAUGACCACCACAGGAAGAAUAAGUUGGUGUUGUGGAACCCUGCAACUAAGCAAUAUCGAACCCUCCCGCCCCCUCCCUCAACAUCACCAUCACUCGACUACUCAUCGAAAUUUCGUAGGGUGGUUGAGUUAGGGUUUGCAUACAAUCACGCAACGAACGACUACAUGGUGUCUCAAAUCGCCAGCCUCGUGGACGAUGAUUGGUCCCAUCAUCUGUCUUAUCAGCUCGAGAUUUUCAGCAUGAAACGUUGGGGAUGGCGAACACACACAUAUCGACGUGAAUUAGCAAGUAACAUACCGAAAGGAAGCAUGUCAAGUCAAGGCCUGCACAACCCAGUGGCGUUGAGAGGAUCGAUUUACCAAGUGGUCUCGCUGCGUGUCGCGAGAGCCGAAGCUUGUUGCUGGUUCGUUCUUGCAAUGGACUUCACCGAUACGCUCAGUAGUAACGAUAUCGUGUUUAGAAGAAUUGAGCUUCCACCACUCCAUGAGGAUGGUUGGGUGUCUAGCCUUGUAGUGUAUGGCGAAGGAGACGUUCAGUCGCUGGGGUUGUUUAGUAACAUUGACGCCGAAGAGGACGAGUUACCGUGUUUCAAAUGCAACGUAUGGGUACUCAGCAACGAUUCUGUGUGGACUAAAUCGUUCACCAUAUCGAUCGUGUGUCCUGCUUCGGUUGUUGAACCUGUGGCAAGUUGGUGUGAUGGCAAGAUUAUUGUUAGAAGAACUACGGAAAGGAAAGAAGAAGAAGAAGAAGAGGAAGAAGAUGGCGAAAUAGGAAGUCACGCCACUGGUAACACCCUCUUCAUAUAUGAUCAUCACUCCAUUACCAAAGGUGGUGAUCCUAUGAGUGAUGAGUUGGUUGGGAUUAGUGACUUCAUUUCUGAUGUUUGUGCUUACGUGGAGAGUUUAGUUUCUCUUCACCCUAGCUAGUUAGUUAAUCUUGUUAUCUUUGCACCUCUGUGAUUUUCUCAGAAAAAUGGCCUUUGGCAACACGUGAACAGUGUUGUGAAAAAGUACGGAAAGUGUUGUAUAUAUAAUAUAGGGUUAAUAUAUUUGUAUGGUCUGAAUUUUGCACAUAAUAAACAUCAUGAUCUAUC